CAUUGUCAGUGUGUCUCUCUCCCGUCCCCCACUUCCCACAAGGCCACCUCCCCCCACCUCGUCUUCCUCUAUAAACAAAUGGAAAAACAACAUCUAAAUUCCAUAUCGCUCUGCACAAAUAACAUGGCCUAGCUGUUCUUGGAUCCGGAGAUUCUGGGUCUUUGGAUUCAAUAUUUAAAAACAAAACCCACAAGACAUGAUUUGUUUUCUUUGGUUUCUCCCCUCUCCUUCUCUCCUUCUCUCCUUCUCUCCUUCUCUCCUUAUCCUUGUGCUGGCCGCCAUUCAUUAUUCCCAAUCUUCCUCCUCUUCUUCCCCCUUCUUCUUUCUUCUUCAGACUGAUCAGGCGGGGGUUGAAGAGUGUUGCAGUAAUGCCUGUAAACCAAUGGAGAUGGAACCCCUUCUUCUCCUUCUUCUUCUUCUUCUUCUCCCUGCCCUUCCUGGUCUUCGCCGUCAACGAACAGGGUCAAGCACUUCUGUCGUGGAAGAGAAGCUUGAACGGGUCUCUGGAGUUCUUAUUUGACUGGGACCCAAACGAUGGAAGCCCCUGUACUUGGUUCGGUAUCUCCUGCAACUACGCACAGGAAGUGGUGGAGCUGAAUUUGAUGUCCGUGGAUCUAUUGGGUCAUGUUCCAUCGAACUUAACUUCGUUGAGGUCGUUGAACAAGCUGGUUCUGUCGGGGACGAACCUCACUGGUUCCAUACCCAAAGAACUGGGUAGUCUUACUGAAUUGACUUACUUGGACUUGAGUGACAAUGCGUUGACAGGCGCAAUCCCCAGUGAGAUUUGCAGAUUGUCCAAGCUCGAGGCACUCUUCCUCAGUUCGAAUAGCCUAGAGGGGUCUAUUCCAGUCGAAAUUGGGAACCUUUCGAGCUUGGCAUGGUUGAUUCUCUACGACAAUCAGCUCAGCGGUACAAUCCCAAGUACUAUAGGUAGCUUAAAGAAGCUCCAAGUACUAAGAGCUGGUGGAAACAAGGAUCUUCAAGGUGCGUUGCCGCAGGAGAUUGGGAAUUGCGGUGAUUUGGUAAUGCUAGGCCUUGCAGAGACGAGCAUCUCUGGGUUCCUCCCUCCCAGUCUGGGUCUCCUCAAGAAGCUUCAGACUCUGGCGAUCUAUACCGCUUUACUCUCAGGCCAAAUCCCUCCAGAGCUAGGUGAAUGUAGCGAGUUGCAGAACAUUUACUUAUACGAGAACGAUCUCACCGGGUCCAUUCCAACUCGGUUGGCGAAUCUGCGUAAUCUGAGAAACCUACUCCUCUGGCAGAACAACCUCGUGGGAGUCAUCCCUCCAGAGCUGGGGAACUGCAACCGGUUGUUGGUGAUCGAUUUUUCCAUGAAUUCCAUCACGGGAAGCAUUCCACAGACAUUUGGGAAUCUCACCUCACUGCAAGAGCUGCAAUUGAGCGUAAAUCAAAUCGCUGGCAGGAUCCCGACGCAGCUUGGUAAUUGCCAAAAUCUGACUCACAUCGAGCUCGACAACAAUCAAAUAGCAGGUACGAUUCCUUCUGAACUCGGACGGCUUUCGAAUCUGACCUUGUUGUUCCUGUGGGCAAAUAAACUCGAAGGAAAUAUACCGGCAUCAAUUGCUUUCUGCCGGAAUCUUGAAGCCAUUGAUUUGUCACAAAACGGUUUAACAGGGGCCAUUCCAAAAGGAAUUUUUGAGUUGCAGAAUCUAAACAAGCUGCUACUUCUAUCUAACAAUCUCUCCAGUGUGAUCCCUCCGGAGAUCGGAAGGUGUUCAUCACUGAUCCGAUUCAGAGCCGGCGACAACAAGAUCACCGGGCCAAUCCCUGCGGAGAUAGGGAAUUUGGUAAAUUUGAAUUUCUUGGAUCUCGGCACCAACCGUUUGACCGGAAUCCUACCACCCAAUAUCUCCGGAUGCCGGAAUUUGACGUUUCUCGACUUGCAUUCGAACGCAAUCUCCGGGAGCCUACCGGAAAGUUUUAACCAGCUGGUUUCCCUCCAAUUCAUUGACAUCUCCGACAACUUGAUAGGAGGGUCUCUGAGUUCAAGCAUAGGAUCGCUGAGUUCACUCACCAAGCUCGUCCUGGCUAAGAACCGAUUCACAGGACCGAUCCCUGCAGAGCUCGGAUCCUGCAGUAAACUCCAGUUACUGGACAUGAGCGGAAACGAUCUCACCGGCGAGAUACCGCCGAGCGUGGGCAAGAUUCCGUCACUCGAGAUAGCCUUAAAUCUGAGCUGCAACAGACUCACCGGUAAUAUUCCGGCGGAGUUUUCAGGAUUGAAUAAACUCGGAGUCCUCGAUCUCUCCCACAACCAGCUCUCCGGCGAUCUUCAAGUUCUCAAUGAACUUCAAAAUCUCGUCGUCCUCAACAUAUCUUACAACAACUUCACGGGCAAAGUUCCGGACACACCCUUCUUCACGAAGCUUCCACUGAGCGACCUCUCUGGUAACCCAGCCCUCUGCUUCUCCGGCAACCACUGCGCCUCCGACGGACGAAGCGACGCAGCCCGGCACGCGGCAGCCGCAGCUCGGGUGGCGAUGAUAGUGUUACUGUGCACCGCGUGCGCACUGCUGAUAGCGGCGCUCUACAUCAUCCUGAGGGGUAGAAGGAGGGCAAGUGGCUUCGGUGGGGGCCAUGAUUGCGACGUGGAAGGUGAUGACGACGUGGCGAUGGCACCACCGUGGGAGGUGACGCUUUACCAGAAACUCGACUUGUCCGUUACCGAUGUGGCAAAGUGCCUGAUCCCUAGCAAUAUCAUUGGGAAAGGACGUUCUGGGGUUGUCUACAAAGCGAAUAUUACUUCUUCAGGGUUAACGAUUGCCGUGAAGAAAUUCCGGUCGUCGGAAAUUUUCUCCGCAGAGGCAUUCUCGUCGGAAAUUGCCACGUUGGCUAGGAUACGCCACAGGAAUAUUGUACGGCUGUUGGGUUGGGGAGCUAAUCGGAAGACGAAGAUGCUGUUCUAUGAUUAUCUGCAGAACGGGACGUUAGGGACGUUGCUACACGAGGGAUGCACUGGAGCAUCGGUGGAAUGGGAGACCCGGUUCAAGAUUGCAUUGGGGGUGGCGGAGGGUUUGGCUUACCUGCACCACGACUGUGUGCCCCCAAUCCUCCAUCGAGAUGUGAAAGCCCAUAAUAUUCUCCUGGGGCAGAGAUACGAAGCUUGCUUGGCGGAUUUUGGCUUCGCUAGGCUCGUCGAAGAAGACGACAAUGGUUCCCUCUCUGCCAGCCCCCAGUUUGCAGGUUCUUACGGGUACAUAGCCCCAGAGUACGGUUGUUCGAUUAAGAUUACAGAGAAGAGCGAUGUGUACAGCUACGGUGUGGUCCUGUUAGAAAUCCUAACGGGGAAGAUGCCGGUGGACCCUACAUUUCCAGAUGGGCAACACGUGGUCCAAUGGGUGCGUGACCAUGAGAAGAGCAAGCGGGACCCAGUGGAGAUCCUCGAUCCCAAGCUCCAAGGAAGGCCAGACUCUCAGAUACAGCAGAUGCUGCAAGCGUUGGGGAUCUCUUUGCUCUGCGCUAGCAAGCGUGCGGAAGAUAGGCCCACCAUGAAAGACGUAGCGGCAUUGCUAAGGGAGAUCCGACAGGACCCACCACCUGGAAGCGAAGCGCAGAAACCCAAGCCAGAACUGCUGCCAUCGUACGCCUCAUCAGUAUCACCAUCGCAGCUGCUGCUGCUCCAGGGAUCCUCGCAUUGCUCCUUUGCGUACUCCUCAACCUCUGGAGGUACCGUCUCUCUCUCUCAUUCUCAGGGAAGGAGCCAAUAAUAAUGACAAGGGAGAAGGUUGCCUACACCGCCAGUGUGGAGAAUCUCCCACGUCUCUCCAAUUACAACGUGAGAAACGGUUUACUUAACAGAGAUUGGGAAGAGAGAGAAAAUAUCCCUGCUAGAGUAUAUGGUUAAGAUAUAAGUGGACAUGGGAAAGCAUCCCACACUGUCGGAGUGGGGAUAUUUUCUCUUGAAAAUAAAAAUAUGUGGAUGUGUUCUACCCCCAAAAAAAUGUAUUAGGGGAAGGAAGAUUCUUAAUUAUUAAUCGAUUAAUUAAUUAUAAUUAGUGUAGAGGGUAGAGUGCGGUGUGUUUAGUUCAUUGACUCCCACCAUUGUAGAGAGUUAACAGUUUGUUUUGGUGAUCUGUUAACAUGAUGAUUGAUGAACGAGUAAAUAGCAAAAGUUCCAUGUUAUAUCAA